GGCCAGAAAAUUGUUCGCACUCGCACGUGGACGCUCGACCGUGUCGCGCGUUGUUGUUUGUUGUACGUUCUAGACACAAUAGUAAACGGCGUUAGUUCGUCUGUCGGUGUUAAAAAAACUGGGCGAAAGCAAAGCCGGUGAAAAACGUGAUUUUUUCAUCUUAAAUAAAUAAAUUAAAUUUAAAAAAAAACUUAAAUAAAAAUAGUAAAAUCGGCAACAACCACCGUGUACAUACCCAUAUCGCCAAGAUAUAAUAAAUGCACGCCUUAUAAUCUGCCAGGACCGUCGCAAUUCGUUGUAUACUAGUAUAAUUAUUAUUUACAAACGUAAAUAUUGUUGUUGAAUCGUGAUCCUGAAACCGUGCGUCUUCGAUACUCGGCCUCGAUUGUUGUGUGUGUGGGGAUUACUUACUUACUCAGCCCUGUGUUGUUUCCGUUUCUCUUACCCUCUACCGAUUCUAUUUUCCUUUCAUUUUCUACAUUGUUGUUAUAUUCUCUCGAAUUUGGCUGACUGUUUCAACUCGCAACUCGUCGAAGAAAAAGAAAUCAUUCCGUGCUACGUGCCCAAUUGUCUGUGAUAUUAAUAUACGCUAAGAAGAAGCAUAAAUAAAUAAAGAAAGAAAAAAGAAGAAAAUACGGGGAGGAAUUUCUUGUGAAAUAAGUUUAAGAAAAAAACUUUCAAAAUUUUGAGAAUGUUGAUGCCUGGAGCAGCUGGCCUUGGUGCCGUUGGGGCGGUUGGUGCCCCGGGACCGGAAGAAUUGGUAUCAGGAUUGGGUGCAUUGGCCGGAGUAACGCCGCAGCAAAAAGACACGACAUGGACGAAACUCUUCGUCGGAGGACUGCCUUAUCACACCACCGACAAAAGUUUGAGGGAACAUUUCAACGUCUACGGCGACAUCGAAGAGGCCGUCGUCAUCACCGAUAGACAGACGGGGAAAAGCAGAGGUUAUGGUUUUGUUAUAAUGGGUGACAGACCGGCGGCAGAACGAGCUUGCAAGGAUCCAAACCCCAUAAUCGACGGACGAAAAGCAAACGUGAACCUGGCGAUCCUCGGCGCCAAACCCAGGGGAAAUCUCCAAGCGACGUUUCCAUUUGCUGCUGGAAUUCGAGCAGGAUAUCCAACGGUUCUACCUGGCCAAUAUGGAGUCCCGCCUGGGUACGUUUACCAGUCACCUUACCUGACCGCCGCUGCACCUGGAGGCUUGGUGCCACUUCCUGCAACGCAGCUCAGCCACGCGGCCGCAGUUGCGGCCGCAUCUCAGUUCUAUGAGUACCAAAACGCGGCCGCGGCUGCAGCUUCUGCGGCUUCUUACCCUGGGACAUCGUAUAAUUUCGCUGAGGCUUAUCCCUACAGCAGCGCAGCUGCCGCUGCGAACGCGGCAGCGGCAAGCUACGUGACUCCUUACACCUAUGCGACGCUACCAGGUGCCGGAGGACUUCCGGGCGCAGGAGCAACGGGAGCAACGUUUCCGGGUUUGCCCUACCAGACGACACCGCAGGAGGCGCGACUCCAAUAGGAACUACUUCGUUCGCCAGCAGCUCAAGAACUAUUUUAUAAAAU